ACGUCUCCUUGAUUAUGAUCUUUCCACUUACCCCGUGAUCUCCAAAACAACAUAACAAAGUGGGGAAAACAUGGCGAGCGGAGAGGAGGCCAGCAGUUACCCCUCCGUUACCUCCUCUUCGGUCGGCCUGGAGGACCUCUUCCCCGCGGGGACGUCGGAGCAGGCGUGUGGGGACGCAAACCCGGAGCUCGAGCGCUUGCGGGAGCGUCUUCAGGCUUGGUUAUCGCCGUACGAGCCCCUGCUGCUGUGGGUGCAGCGGCUGCUGGUCUGGGAGAGGCCGCUCUACAGCAUCGCUGCCGCUCUGACACUCAACACUUUAUUCUGGCUCCUGUCCUCCACCUCCCUACGGCCCCUGUUCCUGCUCAGCGUGUCCCUGCUGGGGUUGAUGCUCCUGGAGAGAUGGAAGCCCAAGUUACCCAUCAUUACCGUUCAUCCCGCAGAGACUCGGCCUGAUCAAAGCGAAACACUGAGUUCGGAGCAUCACCUGCUCAGCGUACCUGAGCUCAGCCACCACCUGGCGGAGAGCUACCUGACCUGCUGCCUCUAUCUGCAGGAGAUGCUGCAGUACAAACGGCGGAACCACAGCAAAUUCUGUGUGAUGAUGUUCAGCGGCUGCUUUGUGCUGGCUGUGGUGGGUCACUACGUGCCGGGAAUCAUGAUAUCGUACAUUAUAGCCCUGAGCGUACUGCUGUGGCCGCUGGUGGUGUACCAUGAGCUGAUCCAGAGGAUGUACACGGGCCUGGAGCCCAUCCUGAUGAAGCUGGACUACAGCAUGAAGGGCGAUACGGAGCACCACAAGCACGACAAGAGGAAGGUAAAGAAGGAGGUGGAAGAGGGUGACGAGCCCAGAGCGGAAACAGAAAGUGAGAGUGAGGAGGAAGACGAGGAGCUGUGCUGCUUCGCUCCAACGGUGGAUGUGAAGACUACAGCUCUGGCUAUGGCCAUCACGGACUCGGAGCUGUCCGAUGAAGAGGCGUCCAUAUUGGAAAGUGGAGGCUUCUCUGUGUCUAGAGCCACCACCCCUCAGCUGACAGACCUUUCUGAAGAUUUGGACCAGCACAGCUUGCACAGCGAGCCGGAGGAGGCCUACCUGCGGGAUCUGCCUGAGUUUCCCUCCGUUGAGCACAAUCUGCCUCACUUCACCCUGCGGGGCGCGAGCCUCGGAGACGGCGUGCCAGCCGGCGCCGAGUCCGACAGGGAGCUGCUGAGUCCAGCCAGCCUCCUUUUCCAGCACCUGGCGUCGCCGCUGCACUUUGUGAACACACAUUUCAACGGACACGGCCGUCCACCCGGCAGCGAGGGGGCCACGCCGCUCGCUCCAGACACACAGGAGGAAGUGUCGAGGCAGGGAGGGGUGGAGACGGAAGCUGCGGCGACCCACGGAGCUCAGCGCUCCUUGGAGGCGCUGAGCGAGGAGAUCGUGAGCUCGGCCAUCUCCACCGUGGUGCAGAACACUUUGUCGGCUCUGCUGCGUUCCAGCGAGGCCAGCGAGGAGCCCGCGCUGGCCGAGUUCCUCCCAACCGAGACCCCGCCAGGCGCCCUGGAGACCCCCACUCAAUCCACCGUCGAUCCCGACAGAGACCCAGAGGAAGGAGUCACGACGGAAAGCGGCACCGGUGAAGACCUCCCAGACGACACGCUAGUUCCAGCCGAGGAAGAAGACUUUGAGCUUUUGGACCAAAGUGAACUGGAGCAGGCAGAUGAGGUGCUGGAGGUGGGCGGAGCCUCUCCAGACUCGCCACACCCACAGUCAUAGCCCUCCUUCAUUCAUCCACGCUCUCAUCUCUUUUUUUGCUUUAAUUUCUACGUUAAACUUCUCUCUAAACCCAACGUUAACCUCCGAGUUUAGAGCUUUAGGUUGGUCUUGUUCCAAAGGCACCAAUCGGGCGGCUUCACUCGUAACAACAGCUUUACUGCACCUUUAAAGGGGACAUAUGAAGUUUUCCUUCUGUUUAUUAGCACAUUUCAAACUAGCUCUCAAGCACAAACCUUUUAUUGCCCUUUCUAAUCCGUCCCCUUUAAACACUCGUUUGUGUCCUGUACAGUUUCCCAUUUUUUACCCGAUAGUUUCCAUAUUUAAAGCAGAAACGUGAAUCGGCGGUAACAAAUGCGUUAUUAUUGUUUGUGUUUGAUCUGAAUCUGGUCAAAUUCAGCGACCCUGUAACAAUAACAAUGCCUCGGUUACUGGCUACAUCCAUCCGAGCUGGUGGGGUGCGUUGGGUCUGUAGCUGCUACGUCCUUUUCUGUAAAUUAUUUAAUUUCGGGGACAUCGGUCUAUUUUAACCUGUUUCUGUUUACCCAUAACGAUUAUAAAUGCGUGUUUUAAUGGCACAGAUCAUCUCCAGAUGUAACCAUUAGCCGAACGUUCCCGUCAGAGUCCAGUUUUGGCUCUGAAUCUUUGUCACGAUUGGAUUUGGAAAAUUUGUAAAAACUACACAGAAAUGUACUCGUCUGUAAAUAGGAAAGUAUUUUGACAUCCACGUGUCAUUUUUAUUUGAUCUAAACUUGCUUACCUUGUACGUUUUGUACAGUCACCUCUAGGAUGUUCGCUGAAGCAUGCUGUUAAAAAUCAGAAUUUUAGGUCAGUUUUCAGGAUUUUUUUGUUUUCUUUUUAAAAUCUCUAUUUUCCCACGUGUGUCUCGCCCGUGCCGGGGAUGCGUGCUCCUGAGUAAACACACACAGACGGCAUUAAUAAUCUGCAUUCAGCUGUAUGCAACGACCUCCGCUUCAGAGAACCACUCAGCAUCCAGCUCUCAGGGGUGGCCUGUGCAAAGUGAGCAUAACAGCUAAAGAUGUAUUCAUUUCCCCACACGUCGUAGUGCUUCGUGUUUCUCCUAACGCCCGUUUCCUCUCUGUUGUUUAUAGUGUCGAAACGGGGAGAAGUGUAUUUUCUGCAUGUAAAGGCAACUCUGUUCAUGUUCUUCUCGUCAGCCGAAAAGACCAGUGAAUGCUUCCGGUUUGAUGGGUGUUUUCUUACUAACGAUGGGAAUAAACAGUCUGGUGUGUUUAGAUGUGGGUGGAGACAUCAGAUUUAGUGUGAUUGUGUUAUGGUAGUCGUGUUCGAUGCUUAAAAACUCACGCUAGGUUUAAACUAAGGAACUGUACAGUUAUGGAGAAAAAACAAGGAGUUUAUUUUUUAAUUUCCAAUUUUCUCCACAAAUUAUUCAAAUAGAUUUUUUUAUGUCUGCUGUGGAGAAAUUUUCCUACUAAACAUGUCAAAAGGAAAACUGACACUUGUGAAAGUAAAAAUAAAAGAACAAAUUGAAACCGUU